AUGAAGUCAGUAGAUGAAAUGCCAAAAAAGAAUAAAUUCGAAAGUAACAUUGCCAAAGCAGAUGCUUCAGCAAAGAAGUCUUACUUUGAUAAAGCUAUAGGAGAUUUCGUUGACCAUUAUGUUUUCAAGGGACUCCCUGGUAAUGAUGAUGAUGAUUUUGUCAAGAAUUAUGCAUUGUGUUCUAUUUUUCUUACACUCGUUGUUUUGCAAAUGAAAGAUACUGCUAGUGAGGGAGAUGGAGACCGCAACCUCAUAAACCAGAAAUUAUUGUUAACCAUUUUCAAAUCACUUGGUACAUACAGCAAAUAUGCAAUCGAGAUGUUUCACUCAAUUGCUGAAAUUGAGGUGAUGCUGACUCAACAACGAUCUGAAGAAUACAAGUGGGGUUUUUUCAGCAAUUGGAAAGGAGGCCAAGGGGAAAAUAUCGAAGAUGACUUAGUGCAGGAGAUUUGUAAUAAAUUGAGCAAAGAAGUGGUCCAACAUAUGGGUUGCAAACAAAACAACAGAAGCUAUUAG